AGGAGCGUAAAGUUGGCACCUUUUCCACUCUCUAGGGCUUCUUCUUCAUCGUUUUUAAUCCAAAUCUUCCCCUCUCCUCAAUUCACAAAGUUCAAUCCUUUUCUCGUUUUCCGGUUGUGGGUUCAAAUCGAAUUCGAUGGGGGAGAUUCUGACGGCGGGGGUAAUCGAGAUGAUAAGAAACGAUAGAGUGAAGAACCAUGAACAGAUGAAGCCGGUUCUUCAAGUGACGGAAUUGAAGCUGUUCACGGCUCAGCAAGAACCGUCCAAGGAGAGGAUUAGGGUCUUGUUAUCAGACGGGACGGCCUUUAUUCAGGGGAUGCUGGGGGUUACUCUCAACCCUCUUGUUAAAGAUGGGGUUCUUCAACCCGGUUCCAUCCUUAGGCUCGAUCAUUUCGUCUGUAGUGAGAUCCAGAAGAAAAAGAUUGUUGUUAUUGCGCAAUUGGAAGUGAUUACAACGAAGUCUGAUAUUAUUGGAGAUCAUGCACGAGGGCGAAAGGCUAAUGAACAGCAUGGAGGAGACUCUGGUAACACUAGUUAUGAGCAACACGGUAGGACUGAUGUGAGUUGUGCUCGUCAAAUCAACAGCACCGAGACAGGGACAAGUCUUGUUGGUCAACAGAGACGACAAGUGUUUGGUUCUGGUUCUGGUUCUGGUUCUAGUUUUGAGCAACAUGGUAGGAGUGAUUUGUCUGGUGGUCGUCAAAUCAACAACAACGGGACAGGGACGAGUCAUGCAGGUAUUGGCCAACAGAGACAACAAGUGUAUGGUUCUGGUUCUAGUCUACCUGGAUCAUACAACAAUCCAUCUGCAGGUCUUGUGCGUGACCCUCCACCCACUUAUCCUCUCCAGCGCCACCAGCCACCACCACCAAUGUAUCAGAACAGGGGACCAGUGGCGAGGAACGAGGCACCUCCUAGGAUCAUUCCCAUCAAUGCUCUUAACCCUUACUCAGGCAGGUGGACCAUCAAAGCCAGGGUCACGAGCAAAGGAGAUCUCAGGACUUACAACAACCCACGCGGCGGUGGGAAAGUGUUCAGCUUCGAUCUUCUCGACGCUGAUGGUGGAGAGAUAAGAGUCACUUGCUUCAACGCCGUUGCUGACCAGUUCUUUGACCAGAUCGUCGUCGGCAACCUUUACCUAAUCUCAAGGGGGAACCUCCGUCCCGCUCAGAGGAAGUUCAACCAUCUCCCUAACGACUACGAAAUCUCGCUGGACAACGCGUCAACGGUACAGCAAUGCCACGAGGAGGACGCUGCCAUCCCUCAGAAUCAAUACAACUUCCGUCCUAUAGGUGAUAUCGAGAGCAUGGAGACUAACAGCAUCAUCGAUGUGAUUGGCGUUGUCUCGUCCAUCAGCCCCACUGGAACAAUAAUGAAGAAAACGGGUACCGAGACGCAGAAGAGAUCUCUUCAGCUGAAGGACAUGUCUGGUCGAAGCGUUGAGGUAACCAUGUGGGGUAGCUUCUGCAACGCAGAGGGACAGAAGCUGCAGAGUCUCUGCGACUCUGGUGAGUUUCCUGUUCUUGCAGUUAAGGCGGGGAGGGUCAGCGAGUUUAAUGGUAAGGCGGUGAGCACCAUUGGGUCAAGCCAGCUCUUCGUUGAGCCAGACCUCGCUGAAGCUCAGAAGCUUAAGGAAUGGUUUGCUAGAGAAGGAAGGAGCGCCCCUUGCAUCUCCAUAUCGAGAGAGUUCACCGGUGGCGGCAGAGUAGAUGUCCGCAAAACAAUCUCUCAAAUCAAAGACGAGAAGCUAGGGACCUCGGAGAAGGCUGACUGGAUCACAGUCAACGCCACUAUUAUAUACAUGAAGGUGGACAACUUCUACUACACGGCUUGUCCUCUCAUGAACGGUGAUCGUCAGUGCAACAAAAAGGUGACUGACAACGGAGACGGGACGUGGCGGUGCGAGAAGUGUGAUAAGUGCGUGGAUGAGUGUGACUACAGGUAUAUACUGCAGCUCCAGUUGCAGGACCAUACAGGUCUGACUUGGGUCACAGCGUUUCAAGAGGCUGGUGAGGAGAUAAUGGGGAUGCCUGCUAAAGAUUUGUAUUAUGUGAAGCAUGAGCACAAUGAUGAGGAAAAGUUUGAAGAUAUCAUCCGUAAGGUUGCUUUUACCAAAUACAUCUUCAAGCUGAAGGUUAAAGAAGAGACGUAUGGGGAUGAACCUACGGUGAAAGCAACGGUUGUGAAAGUAGACAAGGUAAACUACUCAUCAGAUACCAGGACUAUUCUAGAUGCUAUGGAGAAACUCAGGACCGCUGAGGCUGGCAGCUCUGGUGUUGGAACCUCAGGAACAAGAGAUGUCUCAUCAGUGGAAAGAAGGGAGUUUGGUUUACCUGCAAACCAAUCAGAUCAAUAUGGGAAUCAGUCUAGCAAUGGCGCUAGGCCUCAUGGUGGUGGUGGUGCUAUGAGCUGCGAUGUCUGUGGAAACACUGGUCAUGUUUCUGCAAACUGUCCAAACACUAGGAGUGGGCCUCAAGGGCAAUACAUGGGUGGAGGAUCUUAUGGCGGCUCGGGGAGUUAUGGAGGAGGACUACCAAGGCAACAUGUUGGAAGCUACUGAAUUUACUACAAUCAUCGUUUGAUGAUUCUCUCACUCUGUUGUAUGCUUUUGGUAUAAUGGCAGGCUUUUCUGGAGCCUUUGUAGGUUAUUUAUGAUAUUAUGUUCUCUUUGUCAUUCUGCAAAAACUUCAAAACUAGUUUUUGUUCACAUUUUAAGCAUGGUGAUUUUUUGGCAAAAGUGUA